CUUCAACCAUGCAAAUUGUCAACAAUGGAAGUCUCCCUCACCACUUCCAUUGCACUAGCCACCAUUGUCUUCUUCCUUUACAAGCUCCUCACUCGUCCCACAUCCUCCAAAAACCGCCUUCCUGAGCCAUGGCGUCUCCCCAUCAUCGGUCACAUGCAUCAUCUGAUCGGCACAAUGCCACAUCGCGGGGUUAUGGACUUAGCCCGAAAAUACGGAUCAUUGAUGCAUCUACAGCUCGGUGAAGUCUCCGCAAUCGUAGUAUCCUCUCCAAAAUGGGCCAAAGAGAUCCUAACCACAUACGACAUCCCCUUCGCAAACAGACCCGAGACUCUAACGGGUGAGAUCAUCGCAUAUCACAACACGGACAUAGUUCUUGCACCCUACGGCGAAUACUGGCGACAAUUACGCAAACUUUGCACUCUAGAGCUUCUAAGUGUAAAGAAAGUGAAGUCAUUCCAAUCACUCCGUGAAGAGGAAUGUUGGAACUUGGUUCAGGAAAUCAAAGCAUCCGGUUCGGGUACACCCUUUAAUCUUUCCGAGGGUAUUUUCAAGGUGAUCGCGACGGUUUUGAGUCGCGCGGCUUUUGGAAAGGGGAUCAAGGAUCAGAAACAGUUUACUGAGAUUGUGAAGGAGAUAUUGAGAGAAACUGGUGGGUUUGAUGUGGCGGAUAUCUUUCCAUCUAAGAAGUUUUUGCAUCAUCUUUCGGGCAAGAGGGGGAGGUUGACGAGUAUUCAUAACAAGCUUGAUAGCUUGAUUAAUAAUCUUGUGGCUGAACACACUGUUAGUAAGUCGAGUAAAGUGAAUGAGACUUUGCUUGAUGUGUUGCUGAGGCUUAAAAAUAGUGAGGAGUUCCCUUUGACUGCUGAUAAUGUUAAAGCCAUCAUUUUGGACAUGUUCGGAGCCGGAACCGACACCUCCUCCGCGACAGUCGAAUGGGCGAUUUCCGAGCUAAUAAGGUGUCCGCGAGCGAUGGAGAAGGUACAAGCCGAACUAAGGCAAGCGUUGAACGGUAAAGAGCGAAUCAAAGAAGAAGAAAUUCAAGACUUGCCCUACUUAAACCUUGUGAUCCGAGAAACACUACGGUUGCAUCCUCCACUACCUUUGGUCAUGCCAAGAGAGUGCCGACAGGCAAUGAAUCUAGCUGGAUACGAUGUAGCCAACAAGACCAAACUCAUUGUCAACGUGUUUGCAAUAAACCGGGAUCCCGAAUACUGGAAAGACGCUGAAAGUUUCAACCCCGAGAGGUUUGAAAACAGCAACACAACCAUUAUGGGUGCGGAUUAUGAGUAUCUUCCGUUUGGGGCUGGAAGGAGGAUGUGUCCAGGAUCGGCACUCGGUCUAGCAAACGUGCAACUACCGUUGGCUAAUAUACUUUAUUACUUUAAGUGGAAACUCCCCAAUGGUGCUAGCCAUGACCAACUUGACAUGACCGAGAGCUUUGGAGCCACGGUUCAAAGGAAGACUGAGUUGAUGCUUGUACCAAGUUUUUAAAACUAUACAUAGUUAAUAUUUUGUUGUAUGUGUUCCAGUUUGGAUGUCAGUGAUUUGUUCUAUGUUUUCGAUUGUUGCAAUGUUAUAAAUUUUAUGCAAUAAAAUGUAAUGUAUAUCAAUACGUUGUAAUAAAAAAAAACCUGUGCCUUUAAAAAA